AUGGAAAGGGAUGGACACUUAGAAAGCAACCGUACCAAUACACAAGUGAUAAAAGAUCUUGCUGAAGCUCAACCUACCAAUGAACAAGUGAUAGAAGAUAUUACUGAAAAUCCGCAUCAUGUUGCAGCUAAUAAGACAGGCAGAGGAACUUCAUGGUUGCAGAAACAAUCCUGGACACAAAUGGUUAGUGAGAAUAGCAAUUCAUUCAGCAUUUCACAUAUUUUACCGGGCAUUACUUUCCCAGAUCCAAAGGCUAAGGAUCCUAUUGUGGAACCUGCCAUUUUCAACUAUUGCAAGGAUAAUGGUGUAGCUAAGGAUACUCUUAAUGAAGUUGUGAGUAAUGGGUUUAAAUCAAGGGAGACUAUACCAGAAAAGAGUCAGCAUUUAGGUGUCAAUGACAUUACUUCUGCCCCAAUAGUGGAGGAAAAAGUUGAAAUAAAUCCCAGGGAAAAAUCCAGUGAAAAUAUUGAAGUAGGCGACACGUGCUCAUUUAUGAGAAGUGCUGCAUCUUUGAAAGAAUGGGCAAAAGCUAAGGCUGCUAUUAGUGGAUCACUCAAAAGAAAACGUGGUGAGAGGUAA